UCGCCUGUGCACGUAACACUGAAAGCGGGUGUAAUAAAUUACAAAAAUAAUAUACAACUAUUACAGUGUAUAGUAUUUCAAGACAACAGCAGAAGCCACAUCACAAUUUAGCGUACGGGAAGGUGCAAAACACGGGCUGGCUCAAAAAACUACUUUGACCGGCAUUAUCGUUACUUAAAACUAGAGAGACCGGACUGAGACUGAAAUAUCUUCCCUGUUUUUAACGUUUUGAGACCAGUUAAAGUUCUGACAUCGUAUAACUAACCCAACGCGUUUCAAUUUUCCUUUUGACAGAAAGGAAAUCUCACUGAUUCGUAUCCGAGGGUUCAUAGUCUCCAGUAUCUACGCCCUGUUCUUCUCUAGCUCAACCAUGGCAGGAUUCAUUUCAGUCACGACUCUACUUUUUAUGGAUACUUCGCUGACAUCGUUUAAAGUCUUUACUUUGCUUACUCUUUUAACUAACUUAAAGAUGGUAGUCACGAUCUUUAUAGCAGAUUCAUUACGCUACAUUGCCGAUGCAAGAACUGCAUGCAGUAGGAUGCAAAACUUAAUAGAAAAGAAAUCCAUGUUAACACGCAACAUGGAUUACCAGGACAAGCCGUCUUCUCCAGAAGUUUCCUUCAAAGGCAAAGGGUAUGAACCAGAAUUUGCUACAACUGAGAGCUUUAAAAAAGCAAAACCUCAUCCGAAACUAGGCCAGACAUCUCAAAACAUUAAACCAGGGAUAUUUCUUGAGGACGUUUCCUGUUCGUGGAACCAAACAACAGAACUUCCUGCGUUACAAAGUGUUUCAUUGAGUCCUGCAAAUGGGCAACUUCUGGGCAUAACAGGGCCAGUUGGAAGCGGCAAAACGUCAUUGUUGAUGACCAUCCUAGGAGAACUCCCAAUCUCCUCUGGCAAAAUUUCUUGUAUUGGAAAAAUAGCCCUCGUCUCCCAAACACCAUGGGUCUAUUCUGGUACUGUGCGAGACAACAUCGUUUUUGGCAACCAAUUCGACGUGCAAAGGUACAACAAGGUUAUCGAGGUUUGUGACUUGGAGAAAGAUAUAGCAAGCUUCACGAAACGUGAUCUAACUGAGAUUGGACAACGUGGAGUGAUCCUAAGUGGUGGUCAGCGUGCACGAGUUAGUCUGGCACGCGCAAUCUACUCAGAUGCGGACAUCUACUUAUUGGAUGAUCCACUCAGUGCAGUGGAUGCCAAAGUCGGUAAACAUUUGUUUGAUAAAUGCAUCAAAGAGUUCUUAGACGGGCGAAUGCGUAUUCUGGUCACUCAUCACUUACAGUUUCUGAAAGAAACAGACAGCAUUGUUGUCCUGCAGAAUGGCUCCGUUAUCUGUGAAGGAACGUACAGUCAAAUAGAAAAGGACAAACAAGUUGCUUCUUGCUUUGUAUCUCAAGAAAAGAAAGAUUUCAAUGGCGAGCAAAACAAUGACGAGAGGUUUUCGGUAUUCAGUGAAGAUACCUUGAAAUCGAUGAGGUCCACUAGAGAACACCAUGAUAGGGUAGAUCUGGAAGAUGAAGCGGAAGACAGAAUGGUUGGAACCGUUAAGUGGUGGUUGUACUGGAAAUACUUACGAGCUGCGCUCCCAACGAUUUUGAUAAUCAGACUUAUGGUUUUCUUCGCAAUUGUUCAGGUGUUCUUGAUAGCGCCCUUCUGGUGGCUGUCUCGGAUGACUGAGAUGCCAUUUGGACAACAGAAGAGUCACACAACGCUUUUGGUGUACGGAUCCAUUGUUACGGGCUCCUUGCUUCUUACGCUAAUAUCCUCGUUCUGUUUCUACCUCGCUGCUCUGAAAGCUUCAGAAAACCUCCAUGACCAGAUGACAAAAGCAGUUAUGAAAGCACCAGUGCUAUUCUUUGACACUAAUCCGGCAGGUCGCAUCUUAAACCGUUUCUCUAAAGAUGUUGGGUGCAUGGACGAUAUCCUUCCAGGAGAAUUCCUUUUUGCCAUUCAGUUGUGUCUAUACUUUUUCAGUGCUACCAUACUUUCAGCAGUAGCAAAUGUGUGGCUUUUUAUCACUUGUACACCUUUGACGCUUUUGUUUAUGUACCUGGCUAAGUAUUACUUGAGAUCCGCUCGUGAGAUCAGGCGACUUGAGGCGAUAACCUGCAGUCCAGUGUAUUCCCAUAUUGCUGAUAGCUUGGCAGGAUUGGAGAUAAUUCGAUCAUCCGAGAUG